AUGCUGGAGAAGGAAGCACAUAGAAUUGAACAAUGUAUUUUACGAUAUGGUUCUCGCUAUACGACAAUUCUACUAUUCAUCCAGGAUGGCCACGUGUCCUGUAUCCAAGCUCUCGAAGUCUACUUGCUUAACAGUGUAGCCAAAGGGCCGAUGCUUAAAGUAACAGCAAGUUCAUCAGCAAUAUUAAAAACUGCAUCGAAUAAAACCGCAGCCGAAAUCAUAGCCGAAGACGGGGCAUCUUCAUUCAAGACUGAUAUCCCAGGUUUCGUCGUCUGCCACUCUUGUCAGGAUGCAAUAGAAUAUGUGAACCAUAUCCUUGACCUCGCUCAAAACAUGUCCAGCUCUGUGACACCAUCGUACGUUGCCUCGCAGCAACGCUGUAUUAUAGAUACAUCUUCUCAACCCAUCAGAAAACAGGAUCCCUGGUCAAUAUGGCUCACUAUGGCCAUAUCGAUUCAGCAGGAUUCAAUCCUGACUCCCUAUGAUGGUGCACAGCUUAGGACACAGUUGUGUAACAUUCAAAACAUGUCCUUGGCCACAUCGCUGCAGUAUCGUAAUGACUGUUGUCUGAAUGAUUCAGUUGCUAGAUCAAUUGAAGCAUUCUUCGAAACUGACCAACCAAUCUAG